CGCCGCGCGGCGCGAGGCGGUUUCUCCAGCGUGUGGCGCCCCCCUGCGGCAGCGAGGGCUCAAUGUGACAGCAGGACCUGGGCGCCGGCCAUGGAGCCGCAAAAAGAGGCGCGAACACCCGGGGACCCCGUCGCGCGGUCGUCGGGGCCCUCAAGGUCUCGGACGCCUAAAGACGAGGAGCGGCGGGAGGGCGACACAGCGCCGGCGGAGGCUUCCCUGGACGCGGAGGCGGACGGCGCCUUCGCUGACAGCGCCUUUGCCGACGCACUGUGGGAGCUGCCGGUGGAGCCCGCCGAGCGGAGGCCCGAGUGCCGCCGCUGCAGCCGGCCUCAGAAAGUAUGUUUAUGUCCAUUUCUACCAUUGCAUCCUCUGCACAUCUCUACUCAUUUAUACAUAAUUCAGCAUCCAGCAGAGGAAAGCAAGGUGUUGCGGACAGUUCCCCUAUUAGCAGCAUGCCUCCCCCAGGACAAGUGUAAAGUCAAGAUUGGUCGUCGCUUCAGUGAAGAAAGAGAUCCUGAACUUUCAACUGUUUGUCGGAAGUCUGAUACAUUAAUAUUAUAUCCAGGGGCCGAAGCUGCUAAUUUGGAAGAAUUUAUAUUAGAGUCUCCUAUUUAUCCUUCCACAAUCAUCAUCAUCGAUGGUACAUGGAGCCAGGCUAAGGACAUUUUCUAUAAGAAUUCUUUGUUCCGACUCCCCAAACAGGUGCAGUUAAAAACUAGCAUUUCUAGUCAGUAUGUAAUUCGGACACAACCAACUAAUAGGUGCCUUUCUACACUGGAAUGUGCAGCUGCUGCUCUUUCCAUUUUGGAGAAAAAUAAUUACAUACAAGAGACUUUGCUUCGUCCUCUUCAAGCUUUAUGCUCUUUCCAGCUUCAGCACGGUGCUCAAAUUCGCCUCAGCAAGGAACACCUUCUGAAGAAUGGAUUAUAUCUUAAGCCAAUGCCAAAGAACAAACGCAAACUCAGGAAAAUGGAACUGUUAAUGAACAGUGUUAAAAUUUAGUACAGUUGUUUCAUGGUGCUAGUUAUGAUGUCUUCCACUAAUAAGACCAGGUUAAGUUUUCAGAAAAUUGAAGUCCGUGGGUUUUUGACUAUCUGAAUAAUGAGAUUGGCAUACUAAACUUGCCCAGAAGAAGGAAGUAAACCAAAUAACCAUAAAAAAGCAAAUAAAAAAAAAAAUUCACUGACUCCAU